AUGAAUGAGCGCAUAACAACGACCGCUUGUGACACCAUCGAGAAGGGGAGCUAUGUUGUGGUUCAAAAAGUCGGCGGAGAACACAUUCGGGUGAUGCGACUUUCGUCUAAGCAAAAAGUACUGAUUGAAAAACUCAAGUUUGACGCCGAAAGUGUGUUCGGACAACCGUAUGGCCUUUUUGAAGUAUCGUCUGGUCAAGCUACUCCUGUGUGCGCAUCGCAAGUGGUCCAAGAUGAAGGCGUAGGAGAUAUCGGCUCUCCAAAGGCUCAGCCAAGAGGAAGUACUCAAUUUGAAAGAUCAAGGUAUCACGGCCGGCGAAUUGGUAAUGCAGUUCAUUCCUUAGAUUUACCCUUUAUAGUGCUAAUUCUGAAACCUACCAUACGUCUUCUCGCUCAAUCGUAUUAUAUGAAAGACUGUGUUCGUGUUUCUAAUCUCAGAACGGAUCAGUUGGGAAUGAUCUUGCAAAUGGCAGCGGUGCAUCAUGGACGAAAUGUACUAGUUUUCGACCAGGUGCUGGGAUUGGUCACUGCUGGCGUAAUGGAUAGGCUAGGCGGACAAGGAGCAUGCAUUCAUUUGCAUCGAGGUCUAAUCGCACAAUCUAUACCAUGUGUACAUAGUAUGAAUUUCGAUGAAAAGUUAUUUUCGACUUUUCUGCCAGUGCGUAUCUCUUCCAUUCUUGGAACGACAAAUCAACAAGAAAAUGAGGAGAAGGAAGAAGUUGUCCAGGAAAACGUUGAGGCAGCUGAAGAUUCGUCAGCCAUACGAAGAGCAGAUCGACUUGCUCGCGAGCAACGAGGAUUAGCGUUGCUGGCUGGAGGCGUUGACGCAAUGAUCAUUGCAACUAGAACGGUAAGUGUUCCAAUCUUCUCAGCUGGUUGUCUCGCCACACAUUUUUUGUUCAAUUGUCGAUCCCGUUUCUAUUUUGGAAGCGAUGUUCUCAAAGUUGCGCCCAUCCGGCUCCAUUGUCUGUGUAUGGACCGCACAUGGAGUUUUCAGUUGAUACUUGAUGCUCAUCGUUGGCUGAUGGAGCACGAUUGCGUUAAUGUUCGUUUGUCAGAUCAAAUGUUCCGAACUCAUCAGGUUUUGCCGGAUCGCACGCACCCUCUUAUGGCUCAACAUGUGGUCGGAGGUACUCUACUUAGUGGCAUAAAGGUCAUACCGACUGAUUCGUGUUAA